AGAGGCAGCUACGGAUUUGGAUUAUAGUGCGGAGAAAAUAGAAGCAAGCAUGGUCGCCAACGCAUCGUUAGCGCUAAUUGUUCCUUCGUUGCUACAAGCUUUGACAACUAUCAAUUAUACGGUGUUCCCGGAUGAAGAUGGUGUUCCACAUCUAAUACACCUCGAUAGCACCCCAUUGUCGUUCGAGGAACUUCAUCUUUUGGAUGCCGAUUUGAACACGAUUACUUUCACGCUUUUCACACGAAAUAACCGUAUCGGCGAACGCUUGGUACUAAAUGACGUGAAUUCGAUUAAAAGCAGUCAUUUAAACUUGAAAAAAAACACGAUCAUAGUCACUCAUGGUUGGAAUAGUCGUGGUACUUCAAAAUCUUGCAUACUUGUGCGCGAUGCUUUUCUUGAAGUUUGGGACAGCAACGUCAUUAUCGUAGAUUGGAGCACAAUAGCACGUUACAUUUAUUCUUCCGCGGCAAACAGUGUGCCUAAUGUGGCUUAUUACAUAGCUUCUUUUGUGAAUUUCUUACACACAAAUUUCAAUUUACAAACGUCUAAAUUGAAAAUAAUCGGACAUUCUCUUGGAGCGCAUGUCGUGAGUUUGGCUGCGAAGAGCAUAUCAGCAGAUAGCAAAGUGGCAGAAGUUAUAGCCCUCGAUCCUGCGAAACCAUUGUUCGAUAACAAAGAUGCUAAUGGCAGAGUGGAUAAAUCACAUGCAUCCAACGUUCAAGUGAUUCACACGUGUUCUGGAUUAUUGGGUUUAGACAAAUCAGUUGGCACUUCUGAUUUCUAUGCUAAUGAUGGAAGAAAACAACCGGGAUGCAGUACCGACUUAUUUGGAGCUUGCGCACAUGGACGCAGUUACGAAUAUUACAGCGAAUCUAUUACGAAUCCAAAAGGUUUUCCUGGUAUAUCAUUUUUUGAUUUGACAACGGCAUAUAUGGGUGGCAAUGUUCUCGAUCGAAACGCUAAAGGAGACUACAAUUUCAAAACUGGAAGUAAACCACCUUAUGCGCUCGGGUAAAAAUAUUUUUUACUUUUUUAUGUAUUUUAUAUAUGUGUUAAAAUUUUUCCCUUUAAUUCAUUAAAAAUUUUUACAAAAUAACUA